AUGUCUGAAUGUAAGAGAAAUAUUGAAAUUAAAGCAAAGUUGAAAGACGAAAAAGAGUUCAAUGAGAAGAUAAAAAUUGCGCAAGAGAUUACUGGUCAGAGUAGCGGUGAAGUUAUCGUUCAGCAUGAUGUUUUCUUUAAAGUUCCAAAUGGAAGAUUGAAGUUGAGAUAUGAGCGUGAUAUUGCGAUGCUUGUUCAAUAUUCACGUGAUGAUGUUUCUGGACCGAAAUUAUCGAAAUUUAACGUUCUGAAUGUUUCUGAUGGACCUUUGAUGGAGCAAAUGCUUGACGAUUCAAUUGGCACUCUUGGCGUCUUAGACAAGACUCGUCAUCUCUUCAUUCACAAUGGAAAGACACGAAUUCAUCUCGAUGUUGUUAAGAAUAACGAUUCGAACUAUUACGGCAUGGAAUUUGAAGUUGUCAUGAAUCCUGAAGAAAAUCUGGAUGUUGGCAACAAAAUUGCUGAAGAGUUAAUGGACAAGUUUCAAUUGAGUAAAAGUCAACUACUUGAAGGAUCAUAUUUUGAAAUUCUCUCAAAAUCAUCAUCUUAA